AAAAUAUAAAUUAGGAAGUAAAUUUUAAAAAUAUUGAAAGAGCUUGAGAAGAUUUAGGUUCAGAAGGGAAUAUCGCCUUUCUGUCAAUAGAUAGUUAGAUAUUUAGGCCACCGGUACAAACGAACUGUCAAAACAGCAGGUUUUUUCUGAUGUCAAGAAAUCUGACAAGUAGAUUUGUUCCUACAUUAAACCUUGCCAAUAAGGCCUGUUUGGAAGAGAUAUCGGGAGAGGCAGAGUUAUCGACAAUCAUGUUAGUAAACUGCCUCGUCUUCUUCGCCAUACUUUUCUUUUCUGGGCUCAAUUGUAAGCCUCAAACACUUCUUCUAAUUUCUCUAGACGGAUUCCGGUGGGAUUUCGCUGGAAAAGCUCACACACCAUACUUGGAAUUUCUCAAGAAAACUGGCGUCACUGUUCCAUACGUCCGAUCCGUCUUCCCAACAGUCACAAUGCCAGGACACUACAGCAUUGUAACGGGCCUCUACCCCGAAAGCCACGGCAUUAUAAGUAACACCAUGUACGAUCCGGUCCUCAAAGCCCGAUUUGGUGCCGCUCAAACGGAUCCGCGAUGGUGGAAUGGUGCGGAACCAAUAUGGGUGACAAACCAAAAGCAAAAGGGAAAAAGUGGUGUCUUAUACUGGCCUGGGUACAACAUUAAAAUUAAAGGCAUGUAUCCGAAAUAUAGGGAAUAUUCGCCUUCUCCCAAUGUUGACCAGUUUAACAAAACAGGUAAGGUUAUGGGCUUUGAGAAACGCGCUAAGAAAGUAAUUGACUGGUUAACAGCUAAAAACCCGCCCAAUUUUGUUGCUGUUUAUUUCGAAGAGCCAGACAAAACAUGCCACCACGCGGGAUGGCGUGACUUGCCCGAAGCUAUUCAACGAGUCGACAAAACUGUUGGUUUGUUUGUGGAAGGAUUAAAACAACACGAGCUUCUCGACAAAGUAAACAUAAUGAUCACAGCAGAUCAUGGCAUGGCUAACACCUCUUGCAACAAAGUGAUUGACCUUGAUAAAUAUGUCGACCCAGAGAAUUACGAUUUCUGGGAUUCCUGGUUUAACAUGUUGUUGGCGCCGAAAGCUGGAAAGAUGGAGGAUGUUUAUAAACGCCUUAAAAACGUAUGUCACCUACACGUUUAUCACAAAAAUGAAGUUCCCGAAUAUUUGCACUUCAGGAGCAGCCCACGUAUUUCGCCGCUUGUGGUCUUCCCUUCAGAGGGCUGGGUUUUAAGUUCCAAAAAAGGCCGGCGCGUACCAAUGCCCAAAAAUGGUCAAUGGAAAAAACUCUCGCACGGCUUUAGUUGCAAGUGCAAGUCGAUGUCCACUGCAUUCAUUGCGCGCGGGCCUGCGUUCAAAGAGAACUUUGAGGGAAAACCUUUUGGAUCCGUUAGUCUUUACCCAUUGAUGUGUAAAAUAUUAGGAAUUCAGCCUCUGCCGAACAACGGUAGCUUAGAUGCAACAGCAGACUUGUUAGCACCAUGAUGUGGCCAUGUGAUGAGGGGCUGUGUGACGGCUUUAGAUCGAGUCAAGUUUUAACAAUAACUCUAAUUUCUUGCGAGCUGAUUGGCUCAUUUUUAUAAUCAAUAAGAGAACAGACGGAUAAAUUUUACUGCGGAACCACGAGCCGCAUU